AUGAAUGUUAUGCAUAAUAAUGGAAAAAAUAACUUCACAGAAAUAUGUAAAAGUGUAGAAAAUAAAAAUGAAUCGAGCGUAUACUAUAAAUAUAAAUUAAAUAAUAGUAAGUUAGCAGCAAUAGUCGAGAAUUCUUGCGGACAAGCAGAAAAUUCUAUAACAUAUGGAAAUUUUUUCAAAAAGAAUAAUGGGAAAUUUCGAUUAUUAGGUUUAUAUGGUAAUAAUUCAACUAACUGGUUAAUUACCGAUUUUGCUUGUAUGAUGAGUGGCGUUACAACAUUAGUAAUUCAGUCGAAAUUUAGUAUAGAUAUAAUUAUAGAUAUAUUAAAUAGUUCAAAAUUAGAAUGGUUAUGUUUAGAUUUAGAUUUGAUUGAAGGAUUAUUGUGUCGUAAAAAUGAAUUGCCAUAUUUGAAAAAGCUCAUAAUCCUAGAUAACCUAUCUAAACGUAGUGAAAAAAUAAACUCAGAAAAUGAAGAAAAAAGUAAUGGUUCAAGAAAAAGUAGUAAUAAAGCCAAUUAUAAUGAAUCUGGUAAGGGAGAAGAUACCAUUUUGGCUUCCUUAGAAUAUGAUAAGGAAAAAAUAGAAAAAGAUUAG